AUGGAGGGAGUGUAUGUAUUUCUGUACACUGAUGGACUGAGAAUUGCUACACCAGAGGAUAUUAGGCAAUGGGAGCUGGUGACCGCCAACCAGGUGUCAAGUCAGGUGUCUCAGGAACCCCCCGUCCGGCUCUUUGUGGAUCUUUUCCCAUACAACCCUGCUGCGAUGUCGCCAAACCCUGAGACCACCGCCGAGGAGCUCCCUUUUGUGCCAGGACAGAUCCUUAAGGUGUUUGGAGAUGAAGAUGAUGAUGGUUUCUACCACGGGGAGUCUGGUGGUCUGUCUGGUGCCGUGCCUAGUAACAUGGUAUCUGUGAUCCCAGUGGAUGAUGACUACCUUAAACAUCAGCUCAUACAGCAGGGUUUCCUGCCUGUCGACCACACCUGUACAGAUCCAAGUGAAGAGUCUAGCGUGCUAAUGACUUGGUCGUCCGCAGGAUGGUGGCCAUCUUUGAGUAUGCCCCUUGGGAAAGUUCCCCUAACAUGGACAGCGACAUGA